AUGGAUCAAACUUCAAUCAUCGAAAGUAUUGAAACAAAAAUUUUGGAAUUAACUGUCCUAAUUGGUGAGUUGUUCACGAAUCAUUCAAGGCAAUUACUGAUAAUUUUACAGAUAAUCUCAAAAAUGCAAAGCCGGAAAUCGAAGAAGUUGGAACAACCGAAAUUGUUCAAAACCUUGAAGACCUCGAAGAACUCAAUGUUCUUAUUCCAGAAGAUCAUCAAGGUAAGCCAAUAGCCGAGAUUGAAAGCUAAUUUUUUGAAGUUUGAAUAUAAACUUCAUUUUUAAGAAAACUUUGAAAAUAAUGGGCAAAAAAAUCAUCAAAAUCCUUGUUUCUAUUCAAUAAUUAUAUUGAAAAUUCAAAAAAUGACAUGAACUUGCUCUCGAUUUCACUCACGCUUUUGUAGUGUCCAAAAAUUGAUUCAGGUUCCAAAUUUUCAAAUGAUGAUAAUACAGUUAUUGAAGUUAUUGAACAAAAUAAAAUUGGGAAGCAAUGUUAUAGGAAUCAUUUCAGGGAUUGCUGCCAUAAUGGUAGACACCAUAGAAGAUUGCUUGCUUAUUGCUCUUUUGACUUGGACAUAUUUCCAAUUGAUUGGACCUACCACUAUGCAUCUAGCGAUAAUCAUCAUUUUUGCAAUCGAUGCAUACUUGGCAAUGAGAAACAAGUAA